AUGGGAGGUCUCCAGAUCGUCACUAAUUCGCGGCUUUCUAUCUUGGUGGCUGCUCAGGGAACUAAUGUCGAAGUUGGCAGUAACGCACAACCUUGGAAAUUCGAGAAUGAGAGCAAGACCUCGAGGACAGAUAGUCUUUGGGUGUUCAGUGACAUCGGUGCCAUCCAGAGCCUGAAACGCCUGGUUUCUUACUCCACCAACGGCACUACGUCGGCGCUGGCGAAGCGUGCCCUGCGCCUGUUGGGCGAGGAGGUACCCCGGCGCAUCCUGCCCUGCGUGGCCAGCUGGAAGGAGGCCGAGGUCCAGACCUGGCUGCAACAGAUCGGCUUCUCCCAGUACUGCGAGAACUUUCGGGAUCAGCAGGUCGAUGGUGACCUGCUUCUACGGCUCACAGAGGAAGAACUCCAGACAGACCUGGGCAUGAAAUCAAGCAUCACGCGCAAGAGGUUCUUUAGGGAGCUCACAGAGCUCAAGACCUUUGCCAGCUAUGCUACAUGCGACCGCAGCAACCUAGCGGACUGGCUAGGCAGCCUGGACCCUCGCUUCCGCCAGUACACCUAUGGCCUAGUCAGCUGCGGCCUGGACCGCUCCCUGUUGCACCGAGUGUCAGAGCAGCAGCUCCUGGAGGACUGUGGCAUCCGCCUGGGGGUGCAUCGCUCACGCAUCCUCUCUGCAGCCCGAGAAAUGCUACACUCACCAUUGCCCUGUACUGGUGGCAAGCCCAGCGGAGAAACCCCAGACGUCUUUAUCAGCUACCGGAGGAGCUCGGGUUCCCAGCUGGCCAGCCUCCUGAAGGUGCACCUGCAGCUGCAUGGCUUCAGCGUCUUCAUCGAUGUGGAGAAGCUGGAAGCAGGCAAGUUUGAGGACAAGCUCAUCCAGAGCGUCAUGGCGGCUCGAAAUUUUGUAUUGGUGCUAUCUGCUGGGGCGCUGGACAAAUGUAUGCAGGACCAUGACUGCAAGGACUGGGUGCACAAGGAGAUUGUGACUGCUUUAAGCUGUGGCAAGAACAUUGUGCCUAUCAUUGAUGGCUUCGAGUGGCCCGAGCCUCAGGCACUGCCUGAGGACAUGCAGGCUGUACUCACCUUCAAUGGCAUCAAAUGGUCCCACGAGUACCAAGAGGCCACCAUCGAGAAGAUCAUCCGCUUCCUGCAGGGACGCCCCUCUCAGGACUCCUCUGGCGGCUCAGAUACCAGUUUGGAGGGAGCUGCACCAAUGGGCCUGCCUUAACCUGUCCCGGUUCCCACGUCCUGCCGUGACUCCUGGUUCCAUAAUCUCCCCGCCCCUAAAGGAGUAGCUCCUCUAGAGCCGCCCUGGGCUGAGACAAACCAGGCUCUUCUCAGGGAAUGGCUCUCCCUGCUGCCUCCCCGUGGCCCACUUCUAACCCAGAGAUGCCAGACACGGGGUGAGAUGAGAGGACACUCCUCUGUCAGGCCCGGCCAUCAGGUUCCAACUCCCAUCCAGAGCCAUGUUCCUGCUUCAAUCUGGACCCUCAAGAUAGGGGAAGGACAUUGCCCCGUCUCCUGCCCCAAGAGCAGCCAGCUUGAGAAGGGUGAGGUUGGCAGGCUCUGGCAGGAGUCAGGACAAUGGGCCCAGGAGGCAUCUGGGGUUGAGGAUCCCCCAAAGGCUGUCCACUCACAUUGUGCCUGGCCUCUGGCUCACCUGGCUUCCUGAUGCCUCAUGGCCUUGCUCUAUAACUACUUGGUACCCUUGCCAGACCUCUUUAGGCAGCCUCCUUUGCCAUGUUGGGAGUCUGGGUGCAUCUGAGCCGGCCCUCUGCCUGGCCUCGCUGCCCUUUCUGGUGCAAGAAGGGGCCCCUUGCUUGUGCAGGGAGACCCUAGGAACCCACCCUCGCCCAAACCUCUGUGCUGUGCCUAGCCUGCUCCAGCUGGCUUCCCCAGCUCUUCACCCACACAGGGCUUUUCACCCUCUUGUUCAAAGAAAGAGACCAGAGAAGCUCCAAUCGCACCAGUAGCCUGAGCAGAACCUGCACCAUGGGAAAGAAGUGGGACCCCCAUGGGCAAGGGCCAAUUCCUGGGGCAGUUUCUCCCACCGAAGUGUGUCCACAUCCACUGGGAAUCUUGUCAAAACUCAGAGCAGGCCAUCUGGGAAGCGCCUGAGCAGCUGCGGUUUUCAGAUUCCCAAGGGAGCCAAUGCAAGGCUCUCGCCAUGUUCUGAACCCCCACCCCACCCCCUGGUCCCUAACCCUCCCAGCAGCUUUUUCCACUGUCACCCCAGUUUUAUAGAGAGGAGUGGCUGAAUGAUAGGCCCAGGUCCCCACAUCACUGGUGGCAGUCUCCGGAUUCUGCCCCAGUCUUGGUACCCAGCACCACAGCUUCCAGACCUGUUCUCCCGAGACUCAUCCUAGAGGCUGUGGCCCAGGCUGGGUAGCAGCCUCUCCCUGGCCCCAAAGAACUGAGCAGUAUGGGGUGGGUCUUAGCCAAAAGGCUGGGCCAGGGGCACACAGAAAUAACUGGGCAGGACUGUCCUGUGUCUCUCCCCCCACUGCACAAAGAGGGUAAGAAAGUCAGCUGGCACUGCUCUGCCACCGCUCCUGGAGGCAGUGGGGUCACACCGCUCCUGGAGGUGGCCAGGUUCCUUGCUCUCAGUCCGCACUGUCAGAGAGCCAAAGGGCUUUCUCUCCAGGCCUAGGGACCCCUUCUUCCCACUGUCCUUCCUGCCAAAGACGCCCUCUUCCACAGCUCGUGGCUGGCCUCUGGCUGUGACUAUCUGCAGUCCUGGUCCCUGUCACCAGUGCCAACCCCACAUCCUAUUCUGAGGUGAGGCAGAUGGAAAUGGUGGCCUUGAUGACCAAUUCAAUGACAAUACAGUGUAUGAGUCCCCCUGGGGAAACAUCGUCUUCAGUCCACACUCUCCAGAGGUCCCCAUGGGCAGUACUCAAGAAGUUUCGGGUUUUUGUUUGGGACACAUGUCACCGCAGCCUCCACUGUCUGGCCUUCUGCUGACCUAUCCCCUCCUGUCUUCCUGGGGGACCAGAGCACAACCUUCUGUCCCAGUCAGGGUAGCAGAAGUGUCAAGGCUCCUCCAGCUAGGCACUGUGCUCGGUGGUGGCACAUCUCAGGCUGCAGGCAGAGCAGCAGAUGGCCUCAACCUCUGCCAAGCCUGGCUGACCACACUGACCUCGAGAUGGGCUCUUCAAGCUACCCGAGCUUGCUUGGUCUGUGGGUUCAGGGUUUUCUGCCUGGCUGGGCUAUGUAGCUGCUGCCCCCAAGCUGGGACUGAGUCAGGGUGGUCACUACCCUACACCACCUACCCCUCUCCAGUGGGCAAUGAGCUAGCUGCUCAGGGACAUUAAGAGGGUUAAAGUCCAGCCAUAGUUGGCUCAUCCCUUCACUAGGCAUCUCCUCCUGGGCUGCAUGAAGCUGGAGGGAUCUCAGAGCAUCUAGCAACCAUGCUCGCUACCGUAUCCCACCGAGGUCCCGCCUCUUUCCCAUGGUGCAGGUUCUGCUCAGGCUACUAGAGCUGUGGGAGCUCCCCUGGUCCUGGUAACCAGACAGCUUGGGAGGAGUGCUGACCCAGGUUUCUCUAGGUUUAUUCAAGGUCAAGGUGCCAGAGUGGAGCCGUUUCCUCCUCACAGCCUCACGGUGGUGGGGUCAGUGGAAGGAUGUUUCUUGCGUAGUUUCCAUCUCCAGAGGAGAGGCAGAGGCAGGGGUGUGGAGGCGGGAGAGACCCCUGCAGUUCAGUGGACCUUAGAGGGGAGGGGAGGAAGGGGUGUGGAGGCAGGAGGGACCCCGGCAGUUCAGUGGGCCUUCAUUUUCCCCUGGGAGAAUUGUCUUUUACCUGCACGGUUUCCAGUCAGGAAAUUGCCUCGCAGGGUAGGUAGUGGGUAAGUGCAGAUGUAGGGUCUAGCUCUCAGGGACAGUUCCGGUUUGAAGAAUCACAACCCCUCCCCCCCACUUUGGGUCAGCUUGGUAGGGAGACGGCCAGUUGCCAAAAACAGCAGCUUCACAACAGGCCAGAGUCUGCCUUUCGGCUCUGGGUCCAGGUCUUUCUUUCCACCCUCCAUUCACUCAUUCAUUCAUUCAUUCAUUCACACACACACACACACACACACACACACACACACACACACACACAGCCCUGCUCAGCACUGAGCAUGUGGGAGGGCCAAACGGCAGCCCAAAGAGAUCCUGCAGGGUCUGGUGUAACCAUGAAGCCAGCCAGGGAGUGACUCACCUGACCCUCAGGAAGGAGCAGCCAGGGCUUGGGCCCAAGUGUCUCCGCUGCUCUGAGGACGCCUCACAAGCCUUUCACCCCUCAGCAGCUUAGAAAGAUGGAGCUUGGAGGGACAUGCCCGGACCAACCCCACAGUCAGCUCAGGAACUCCCAGCCCCGCAGCUGCUGGUGUCUGACCUGUGCCACACAGGCCAAGAGCAGAAAGACAGAAAGCCCCAAAGCCCAGUGACUCUUCAGUCUGGCUCAGACAAUUUACUGUGACAAGUGACAUGGCGGGGUCAAGGGUGGUGUGGUCAAGGGCUGAUUCCCAACCACAGACAGUGCUUCUGCCUCUGGGGUCAAUACUCCCCAGGUACCAUACUAAUCAUUAGGGGUGACUGGAGGCCACUGCACACAUCAGGGCCCUAGUACCAUGGGCUGGAAGGAGAGGUUGGUUCUCAAGCUUCGCUUGGUCCCUGAAGUGCCCUCUCCUUCACUCGGGAGGCUGCUGAUGCUGAAUGGCAUAAAGGGUGAAGAAACCCCUGGCUCAAUUGGUUCCCUGUAGCCUGCCCUGAGUGGGCCUGUCCUGCUUAGACUACAGACCCUAUGCAGGGACUGGCUCAGUGGGAGGUCAGGUGGUGCCCAUAAUUGGCUUGAGCACCCUGUCCAAAGUGAAUAUAGCCUUCAGAGGGCCGGCUGGUGCAGGUCCACUGUUCCUCAUGGCCUCCGGCAGAUCACAAACUGUGAGGAAACUGCUGGAAUUCAGGACGUGGAUUAAUCUUCUCCAGUACCCUGUGAGAGACCAGAGAGAUGGUUCAGAAUUGACAUGGGAGCCCCCAAGCCCAGUGUGGAGAGGUGACAUGGGACUGACUCGGGUGGGCAGUUCCAGCUGUCUUCCUCCCCAAGCUGACAGGCAUAGGACAAUGUCCACAGGCAGAGGGCUCUGGAGAGGAACUCUUAAGACUUCAGUGGGUCAGCCCAGCCUGGGGCUCAGCCACAAGUAGCCAAGUAAGUUCCUUUCUGUUCACACAGUUUGGCCCUGCAGUCGUAUCUGCCACGUGAGGAUGGGGCAGGCUGAGGGGGCCUGAUAGAGAGGCCUUGUCAAGGCGUAGUGUUAGCCUGACCCCUCGCCACAUGUCCCCUCUACCUCGCUCUGGAGAUGGUUCCUAAAAGAUCAGGCGGCCACCUGCAUGGGGUGGGGUUAGCCCUGGAUGACAUGUCUAAAGGACAAGGGUUCCAGGAGCAAAGCUGCCAUUUUCAGUCGGGAGCAGGAGCAAGAGGAAACCUCUGGGAAAGUAAGACACCAUGAUGAGCAGGCAAGGAUGGUCAGGGCCCUUGAUUACCCGAUCAGAAUGGCUGGGAUGAAGAGGAGGCCAGCUCCCAGGAGGAAGGGGAAGCCCUUCAGGAAGUUCAGAGUGGCUGGGUAGAGUGAGUUGAAGAUGCCAGAGGCCAUCAGCAUGGCCAAGCUAUUCACACAGGCCACAGCAGAAAAGAGAGCACCUGGGAGGGAUAAAGAGCACACUUCAGAGUUGGAAAAACCCAGGGUCAAAUGAGGGCAGUACCACCCCACAGCUGGAAGACCCGGGGCGAGACAAUUGGCUGUCCUUUCCUGUGCUGUGGUAAAGACUCAAUGAAGUUAUAUGUGGGCAGCGCCUGGCAGAGGGGUUAUUAGAUACGCAGCUGUUGAUUGUUAUUAAAUUCACAGAAAAGCCUGUGCGGUACCUUUUACUUAAAACAUUAUUAACA